UUUUUAAUCCCAAAAUAAUAGAUAGUAAUGGGUGGGGAUGAAUUGCAUGAUAAAGUUGACGGACUAUCCUUGCAGGAUAAACACCAGGGGGUGUUGGUGAGGUUGAAGGAGAAAGUGGAAGGACUGUACAUAUUUAAGGAUCGUUACUUUGAGAACCACCAGCUAGAAGAAGCAGCUAAUAAGAUGGUGGCGGUGAAGGAGAUGAAGUUGGAUAUCUUGAAAGAGUUCUUGAGUGAGGAGGAGAGGGGGGUUGAGGAGGGGUGUGGAGGGGAGGAGGGUAGAGCGGAGUUUCUCUACCUAAAAGGAAGAUUGUUAAAUGUUGAAACUGAUUUUAGUCAGGAAGCCGAGGACGUUUUAUCUAGAGCAGUAAAGCUGAACCCUAGUAUGGUGACGGCCUGGAAUGAGCUCGGAGAAUCGUAUACAAGGAAACAAGAUUUUCCAAAUGCAAAAAUUUGUUUUGAAGGGGCUCUUCAGCACCAGAAGAAUAAGGUUUCCUUGCGUUCUCUCUCCAUGGUGCUCCGUCAGAUAUCUGUCAAAAGCCCAGAGGAAAAGGUUUCAAAUAUUGAGGAGAGCUUGGUAAAGGGAAAAGAAGCAGUUGCCCUAGAUACACAGGACGGUAUGUCCUGGUCUAUAUUAGGAAAUGCAUAUUUUGCGCAUUUUUUUCUCGUCUCUCAAAAUCCUCGAACUUUGAAACAAGCAAUGUCAGCUUAUUCACAGGCUGAGAAAGAUAUAGUUUGUCGAAGUACCCCAGAACUCCAUUAUAAUCGGGGGAUUGCGCUGAAAUAUGAAGAAUUGUAUGAAAAAGCUCUUCAGUCUUUUUCAACAGCCCAGGUAGGCAAAUUGAAACCUAAGAAAAUAAGUUCUCUCUUAGAAGGAUUGGACAAUAAGAGUUUAGGUCCCUAUUCAGACGGACUUUACAAAUCUCCGUCAGGGUUGGCUGUGAAAUUGAAUGCUGCAUCUUUUAAGGAUCUGAGAGUUGGAUUGAACUCUGAGAAGGUUGUGUUGGGUCGAGUUAUCUGCUCCGUCUACUCAGAGGAGACAGUUCCAUUCACAUUCUGUAUCAUGGACUGGGAGGAGACGGUUACAGUUGUUACUCUCUACAAUCUUAGUCCGGGAAGAGGAGUUAUUAUAGGAGACAGUGUUGCUAUACCAGAACCUUUCUUUACAUCAGUAAAUUUCUCACAUAAACAAAAAACAUAUAAUUUCGGCAUAAUCAGGUCAGAAAAAUAAUUGUUUUUGUUCUCU